GUCAUGGAGGGACUCGGGCGGGAGGAGCCGGCGGCGGACGACUUAGAGCUGCUCGUGAGGAGUCAGCGCAGGGAGAAGCGGGAGCUGCAGGAACUAUAAAAGAAGCCUUGAAAAAUUGUUGGCGCCCGCCACACUCUUCUGAAAACAUGAAUGUGCUACUGGCCACAAAAAGCCAAAAUUCAAGCUAUGAAAAAUGCUGUACCCAAGAAUGACAAAAAGAGAAGAAAACAGUUGAUUGAUGAUGUUGCCAGGCUGGAGGCAGAAAUGGAACAGAAGCACAAGGAAGAACUGAAGCAGCUAAAGGAAACUUUACCUGAGCAGAAUAAGGUAGAUUCUGUGGCUGAUAGUAUUGCAAGUUUUCAGCUUGAGGAAAGAGAGCAACAGAUGCAGCAACCUCGAAUAUCAAAAGCACAGAAAAGGCGGGAGAAGAAAGCUGCAUUGGAGAAGGAAAGAGAAGAAAGGAUAGCUGAAGCAGAGAGAGAAAAUUUAACAGGAGCCAGACAUCUUGAAAGUCAAAAGCUUGCUCAGAUAUUGGCAGCAAGGCAGUUGGAGAUUAAACAGAUUCCAUCAGAUGGCCACUGCAUGUACCGAGCUAUUGAAGACCAGCUCAAGAAUCAGCAAAACUCCUGGACUGUUGCAACCCUGAGAAGUCAAACUGCAGAGUAUAUGCAAAGCCAUGUUGAUGAUUUCCUGCCGUUUCUAACAAAUCCCAACACAGGAGACAUGUAUAGCCGAGGGGAGUUUGAAAAGUACUGUGAUGAUAUAGUCAACACAGCUGCCUGGGGUGGUCAGCUGGAACUAAGGGCUCUAUCACACAUUUUGCAAAAACCAAUUGAAGUAGUGCAAAUGGAUUCUCCUCCCAUUAUUGUUGGUGGUGAAUAUUCAAGCAAACCAUUAAUACUAGUGUAUAUGAGACAUGCAUAUGGAUUAGGAGAGCAUUAUAAUUCCGUAAAACUGCUAACGGACACUGCUACAGAAAAUGGUAGCUAGUAUACAAGUCAUAAGUCCACGUGGAUAAUGGGUGCCGCUUGACACUUCGAGCUGUUCAUCUGUGGAUGGUUCCCAAGAAAACUGGAAAACAAAAGUAACGGGAAGGAACUUUUAAGAAAGACAAAAGAUUUGGCUACAUAUCAGAAGUAGCAGUUUAAAACAGUACCUAGACUGCUGAUUUAGAUCAUGUUUUAGAAAAUAUUCUCUAAAAUGCUGGCUGUGUAAGCCGUUGCAACUUGCAUAGUUUGAGUAUUUUGGUUUACAUAACAUACUCUGCCACAGUGAAAAGAUCAAUAGUAUAUGUUUCAGGUAGCCUGUGUGUGGGUUUUUGUUUUUUUUUCCUGCUUCUGUGCAUUUCUACUGAAGAGUUGAUGUGACUUGCUGGCUCUUAUUAGGCCUUUUCAAGUAGAUUAUAUGGUGAUCAUGGAGAUUUUAUUAAGGCAUUUAAAUUACUGUUGAAUAAUAUUCUGGACUGGAGUGACCGUCAAGCUACUGCUUUAAUAGUCCCAACAGAUCAUAGCUAAAAUAUAUGUAAACAAUAGUAAGAACCCUCCUAAUACUUCAGUUACAUAAGAGCCAGAGGCAACGCCAGUGAUGCUGAGUAUACCCUUAUCUGACUCAAAAGGUUGCAAACCUAACUUCCGCUUUUAUGGAUUCUCUUCUUAAUUUUUUAAUCAGGUUUUGAAAACUUUCUUGUCUUCUGUUGCUGGCAUUUCUGCUUAUGGCUAUAAAUGACAAAACAUGGGUGAGAAUUGAUAACAGCAUUGCUGGUCCACAUAGUCCCACUUGUAGAACAGGGGACAUUCAACUUUUUGUUCUUUUGUAAUUUAUUUUUCUUUACAAUAGUUGGCAUUUCAGAUGAAGACUUAGUGAACUCGUCCAAACAUACUGUUCAUAGUGCUGCCAUUCCAUCAAAUCUGCAGUUUGGAAUGCAAUUUACAAUACUCAGGUGUGGUCUGUACUUAAAAUUUAGGUCAAUGUACCUACGGUGCUCAGCAGUGUGAAAAAUCCACACUCCUGAGCACUGUAGUCUUCCUGACCUAAUCCCUGGUGUACAUGUAGCUAAAUCGCUGGAAGAAUGCUUCCAUCAACCUACUUACUAUCGUUCGGGGAGAUGUUUUUUCCUACAGCAAUGGAAAAAACCCUGUCGUUGUAGGUUAUGUCUAUGUUAUGGGGUUAUACCGGCAAAACUUCAGCACUGUAGUUACGCCAAUAUAGUCCCUGUAGUGUAGACCCUGCCUUAUACAGCCAGUUGCAAACAGUUAUAAAAAUUGUCAUUUGUGUUGUCUGCUUUGCUUCUUUGACAUACAGAGAAGGCUUGAAACAUAUAAGGAAAGCCUGCCAAUACUAGGAAAUUAUUUUUUUAUAUAGACUGUUUAUAACUUUUUUUUUUUUUUUAACUGCCUGAAUAAACAAUUUGGGAGAAAAGCAGUUGUUAAAGAUGCAACAGUGCUGCCCCUCAGCUGAGGGCUGAAAGAGUUUAUAGUCCACAUCCAAAACAUAUGAGUUGUACAGUAAAACCAGAAAACAAAUUGACAUUCCUGAUACUAAUUCAUGCCUUACUUUUUUAUAAUAUAUAAAGAAGACACACAACCAACUAUUUUUUUUCUGUAGGUCAUUUAAUGAAAGCACUUUGUGGUCUUGCUGAAAGAGAUGCAAAUGAGGACUUUACCUAUAAAACAAGUAAAUUUGUAGUCUUACCACAUAAAGAAUGUUUGAUUAUGAAUUUCACAGCAUAGAGCCUGCCAGGCAAAACAAGUAUUAACCAAAUAUAACAUUGUUUGGCAAUCUUUAUUCAUUUGGUAUUUAUUGUAAGAACUGGAUGAACCCAAUUGAUGUCUUGAUUGCAGGAGUCAGACUUUUUUUUGCAAUGCCUGUUACCAGAAAUGGAUUCAUUAGUGAGAGAGAAUUAAUAUAGAAAUCUUCUUUAAUGCCAUAAAGAUUUUCACCAUAAUACAAUAAUAUACUGUUUUUAGUGUUACCUAAAAUUGAUGUAUUAGGCAGUGUACAUGCUGAUGUAUGUAGCUGAAUGGUGAAUAAUUGUCAGUUAAUUGAGAUUUGAUCAGAAUUUAUUCCUGGGUCACUAAUUGAAAGGGGGAAAAGAUGAUAUUGGAAUUCUGGAAUAUGUCUGUAUCCAACAAUUUGUCCAAUUUAAGAUGUUUUCAACUUGUACAAAGCAAAAUAAUAUUUAAUUAUAGUGAGCAAAGGACCUUUGCUCAUGCUGUAUGGGCCUUGCUUCCCCCUCCUUGCCCCUCCCCCCGCCCCCCCCCCCCCAAAAA